UUCAGGGGCUAAAGGAGCUUGGUGAAAGUGUGGCAUCCAAUCUCAUGGGUCAGCGACAAGGUUCUCCGGCUCAGCAGCCACCACCCACAAACCUACCAACUCCUGGGGUGGUUACUGUUCUUGAUACCCAGACUGUAAGCACUGGAGAAGUUAAUUUACUAAGCAGUGGGACUUCUUCAGGCAUUGUUGCUCAUUUCACUGCACAUCAUGCAGCUCCUGUUGUUGCCCUGCAGUUUGAUCCAACAGGGAUGUUACUUGUAACUGCUGAUAAACAGGGACAUAAUUUUCAUCUGUUUCGUCUGCAACCUCACCCACUUACUUCUGCACAAUCUGCUAUCCAUCAUUUAUACACACUUCAUAGGGGAGAUACUACUGCUAAGGUGAUAGACAUAUCGUUUUCCCUUGACUCCCGUUGGGUUGCAGUAUCAACACACCGAGGCACCACCCAUGUGUUUCCUAUAACACCAUAUGGUGGCAACAUUGGAGUGCGCACACAUACAUCAAGUUGUGUUGUCAAUAGGUUGAGUCGCUUUCAUCGAAGUGCAGGUUUAGAUGAUACUCCAUCGUCUGGCCGUAAUUCACCUGUGUUAUCAGCAUCACCAAAUGCGUCUAAGUCUAUGUUUGACUUAAGUCCAAAUUUAGCCUAUCCAAACCCACGUUAUCCGCCUUAUCCAACGCCAACAACUGUGAAACCUCUUGUUCAACUACGACAGCCACUACUGCAGAAUUUGAUUGGUACAAUAUCUUCAGGACCAUCUCCUAGCCGCAGUCCUCCAAUGAGUAAAACCCCAAGAUCACCAAGUGGUGAUGAUGUAAUAAAGGUGGCUUCAGUAUUUGGUAGUCCACGUGGUUGGCUUGCUGGCUCUCCCACUGUACCUAGAGACAAGCAGAGGAGAAUAAUGGACUCGCUUUUCAUAAUGGCAUACCAUGGAAAUCUCUUAGAAUAUCAUCUUCAGCCACAUGCAGCUGCUGGUAUACCACAAGACAAAGUUACUGAGGACUCUCCAAUAGAAUUAGAAGUUCAUGCGAGUGCACAGUGGGCCCUUAUCAGGGAGUCUACCAGUGGAGAAAUACGUCCACCCUUAGAUCUCUCAUCACCUCUUUUAGCACCCUUAUCACCUACUCGACCACGUUCACUGUCUCCAGCACAUUCAUUUGAUCAUGAUGAUCCAGAAGAGCGAUGGAUGGCACAGGUGGAGAUUCACACACAUGCUGGUCCUCACAGAAGACUAUGGAUGGGACCCCAGUUUAGCUUUAAAUCAAUUCCUGGGGGAGGAUCAGGGCAUGGCGUAGGAGUCCAGGGCAGUUAUGAGGGAACUCCUAUCAGCGCUCCAUCAUCUGGUCGGCCACCAAGAUCCUCCCCUGUUAAUAUGCCGGGAGCAGGUGGAGCUAAUGUCCCUGUUUUAAUUGAAGCUGGAUCUUUAACUGGUAGCCAUGAUCAGUCCCCUAGGCUUAUGGAACGAUACAGUGGAGAUUCUGAUUCUUUUGACCCUGAGAUCAUGAUGAAUCAACUACGACAUGAUCUAGCAGAUGCCAUGAUGGAUACCCAGCUCCCAGGCAACCAAAGUGAUACUGGAGGCAUCCGUCUCCCCAAAUAUUAUCGUCGACUAUGUUCGCUUCAGAGUCUUGGUCCCCAACUUUUAGGGACCAUCGUUCUUGGUGAGGAUGGUGGCCUGUCAUCCCAUGGAACAGCUGCCUAUGAAUCUACUUUGGAUAUGACUGAUGUGAUGGAUAUAAGUUGUGAUCCACCAGGUCCAUCAUCAUCCAGAACACGGUCAUCCUGUACAUCCCCAUCAGUGUCACGUGUAUCAUCAAGGCCUUCAUCACAUAUUGAAGAGGAAGUCCAAGCUGUUACAACACGUCUCCAUCAAGUGGCAGUUACCCAUUCAGGUUCAACAAGAGCAUCACCCAUGAUAAUGAGAACUCCAAGCCUAGAAGAUAGCAGAGUCUUAACCUCAUCAGCAGAAGAACUUUCAACUACUCUUAAAUCAGGAUUUAAAAUGGUUGAUACUGAAGAGUCUGCUUGGGUCCCCAUAGAGACUCCCAGAAUGAAGUCUUCGAGCCGCAGUCCUGACUUUGUACAGAUUGAUCAUCCUCGGCCAGCUGUGAGAUCAGGAAGACGGUCAUCAUCUACCAAAGAGACGUAUUAUUCACAAAGAAGUGAAUCAAGAACCUCAGGAACAGAGGAGAAAAUUGGUGAGAUUGAAUCCAGAAUGUCUCCUAAAAUAUCCUUAGAUGAAGGGAAAGGGUUGUCUGCAAAGGCAGAUGUGAAGAGCACAUUAAAUGAAGGAAAUGAUGCUGGAGAAAGCAUGACAAAUUCAGGUUCUACAAAAUCUGCAAAUGAGAUAACGAUCUCUUCCAGGCCAUCAGGGGUGUCAUCUAAAGAGCACUCUUUAUCUCCUGUACCUUAUGAUAACAAAGGUGAAGAAGAAAGUUCACUUUCUAAAGAAAGUUCACUUUCUAAAGAGCAAGACAAAGGUGGAAUGGAAGGAGGUCAGAAUUUUAAUGCAUGGACAAGGAAAAGUUAUGAGAGAGCUGUACAGAGGGAGCCCCUUAAUUUUCAAGAGGAAGAAUCAUUUCCUGCAUUAGUUGAGUUUUCUCCUACACCUGUUGACACAGCUUCAACAUCAAUUGAGCUUAAAGAUUUCUCAUCUGAGUCAAGGCAAGGUUAUAAAACUAGAAAACCACCAUCCUCUACAACAUCAGAAGAUGAUUUAUGGCUUAGUACAGAAAAUAAAAAAGACAAGAAGAAAAAGAAAAAACGAAAUAGGCAAAAUUCCCCAGAAAAUGCUCCAUUGUCAUCAGACUUGGCUUCUCUUGAAGCUCUUCCAUCUCAGACAGCAAUGCUCAACUCUGCUGGACCAUCUGAAUUCCAGGCUAAAGAACUGAUUUCAGAGGAGGGUGAAUCUCAAAUGAAAGAGGUAACAGUCUCCAAUCCAAUUGAAAUGGAUAUGGAUGCUGAUUAUUUUCAUGCAGCGGAGGAGUACCAUGAGCCAGCUGUAGUGAAGAGUGUAAAUUUUGAGGGAAAAUACCAAUGUGAUUUUUUCACUGAGCCACAGGGAGAAGAAUUUCAAGAGGCUCGAGAGUCAGUCAAUCAAAACUUGGAAGACUUCGAGCUCAAAGCAGAUGAGGAAGAUUCACAAGAAGCCAUGCUUCGCUCUUUACAUGAUGACAAUGAUCUUGCUAAAGCAUUAGAAGAAGCAUAUUCUUCUGAUGAUAAUGGUCCUGCUCGAGCUAAACCCAAGGUUCGUACCCAGUCACGCUCACGACCAAGUAGAACUUCAGAAAUGUUUCCUUUUAAAGAGGAUACUUCUGAUGAGGAAGAUGAGGUAAGGUUGCGCCGUCGUGUAGUAGUUUCUGGAACUGUGAGUAGCAUUACCAGUCAGUCUUCUGUAACAGAUGAAGUAAGUACAGAUGAUCGUGGGGAAACAAGUGGAGAUGACAAAGCAGAAUCAAGUACAGAUGACAGAAAAACUGCUACUAGUGAAAGUGAUGUGGGGGCAAGCCCAAAUCCACGUGCUUCCUCCUCUUCAAAAAACAAAAAGAAGAAAAAAAAAAAGCGGUAGUGCACAUUUGAUCUUUUUAAUUCUAUCCAUAGAUGAUGAUCUUUUGCCUGUCACACCUUGAACCUAUAAUUAUUAGAAGGCAGCCAUACACUGGUACUUGUGAUAUUAAUUUUAGAUAACUGCUGGAUGUGGUUAUUCCUUGCUGAGCUGUGGGUAUCUUAAGCCAGUCAUUAGCACCUAUAGAAAGAAACAUUGAAUAAGAACAUGUGAUGGAGUAAUUAUUUGUGAGUUGUACCAGUUAUUAAGUACUGUUGGAAGAGGUAUUUUUAUAGGGUAUCGUUAUAUUCAACCCAUCACAAAGCAAUAUACAUUUGACUACAUAGUGAAUUUCAUAUAUUAGAAGCAAUAUAUGGUGUAAUGUGAAAUAUAGGAGUUGACUAGUGUAUAAAGUUUAGUGCAACAUGACAAUUUUUUUUCUAUCACUGACCAUCCAUGUUUUUAAAUGAUAUUUAGGUUUUAAAUCUUUAAUUUAUUGAUUUUAACUUUUAAGUUUCUGAUGUAUGAAGAUUUUGAUUUUUAACUAAUCUUUAUUUGAUAGGUACUGUAUAUUUGAAAUGUAAAAUCCUUCAAUUAUGAGUGUUAAAUAUUUUGAAUUUGUUCUGGUGAAAUUAGUAAUAUUUUCUUAUUUGUCUAAUUGAGCUUGGCAGGUUUUUAGGUCUGCAGUUUAUCGUUACUGCUUUUGGUGAUCCUGCACUGACUGGUAGAUGUUGCUUGCUGGCCCAAUGACAAUGAUUUUUUGUUUAGUUGACUCAUUGAUUCAAUCAUAUUUACUUUAGGUGCCUAUGAGCUGUGAAGAGGAUGUUUAUAAGACACAAGUCUUGUUACAUCAGUGUUUGUAUAAUUAAUAGGUAAGGAGCCUUAGAUGAAAAGGAUAAAACUAUGAAACACUUGCCAUUGAUCUCCUGUAGGUGUACGAUAAUUAUUUGUUAUUACAAAAAUCAGUGAUCCUUCAUAAACUUAAUCUUGGUAUGGGUACCCCUGAGAAAUGCUAGCGUUCUACUUAGAGAAAGUCCAUGUGGGUUUUAUGGGUUUAGCAGAUAUUCUUAGGGGUAUUGUCUACAAGUAUUUUGUUUGUAAUAAUCUGGUAUUCUCAAGUUGCUUUGCACAUUGUGUAUUUUAGCAACCCUGUCCAAGUACUGUCCUUGGUGUUUUUUUUUUCUCUUUUUGUAAAAACUUGUGUGUUUUGAAGGAUAAGAUAUGCCAUUGUUGGAAUUUCAGUCCCCCUCAUUUUUUUUAAUAUGAAGCAAAAUGUUAAUUUUCCACUCUCCCCUUUUUCCUGUUGUUUAUCUGCUUUCUUAAGUUACUUAAGGUAUUUCAAAUUAACUUAUUUUUAAGACAAAUGGUGUUCACAAAUGACAAAAAAACAAAAACUUAUUUUUCUACCUUUGUCCCAAAAGUGACUUUUGCUAUUUUUAGUUAUUUCACCUUUAGUUAGCUCAUUAAUAAAAGAAAUCUCAGCUCCUGUUUCCUUCCAUUUUAUUAUAGGAUCACUAACAGUAUUUAAGAGCUCUGUAAUAAUGUACGUAUUAUGAUCAUUUGAAAUUAAGGUAUACAAAGAUCAGGGUCAAUUUUGUUAAAUAUACUUAAUUUUCCUGCAUUUUCUAUAGAGUGGAUGUUGACUAGAGUUGCCUAUAUUAUAAUGAUUUUUUUGUACAUUAAAAUUGGUUGAAAUUUAUCAGAGCUCUUAUAAGUUGUGGGAUGGACAGGAGUUAAUGUGCUUAAUUUUUUAUUUUUGAGUUUUAGGAUGAAUCCAUUUGCUUGUUUAGAUAGUGUUAUAAGUAGAAAUUUUUAUGUACUAUAAAAAGAAUUGUGAGAAAGUUAUAAAAAUAUGUUGCAAUAAAGAAAAAAAUCUUGCUCAGUGGAGCACAGAGUAACACAUCUUGAGAAUGCUUUUCAAUUAGGGAUAGCUGGUCAGUUCAUAGAAGUUAGUACAUAAUGUAUGUAAAUGUCAUCUUUCCUAUGAAUUGAUUCUUUAGUUUUGCUAAUAAAAUUGUAUUAACAGACUUGACUGACUUAGAAGCUUUGCUGCAGCUGCUAAGACUUAGCAAUGAUCGGAUUACAUAAUAACUUUUAUUAUUUUUGUCUAAUUUUUAUAUAGAGGUUUCAGCAGUCAACUAGGAUCAGAUGCCUUUUAUAUUGAGUGUUUUCAGCCAUCAACUAGGGUCAGAUGUCUAGAGUGAAACAAGAACUUUGUUCAGAUCAUGUGAAAAGUCAUAUUAUUGGAAGUAGCAGGAGGAAGCCUAACAUUUCAGAUGUGAAGGCAGCACUUUUAUAAUUAAGUUAAUCAAGACCGACAACUUCCAAAGUUCAAAUGAUAGCUGAAAAUUAAAUUUUUUUUUCCUUUUUUUAGUCACUGCACUUUUCUCUUGAAAUAGAUUGUGUGGUAUAAGUAAAACUUACCAGAUAAAACUCAUCUUUGGAGUUGGCUUUUCUGAAAAACGCCUUGUGAUGCUUAGUACUUUCGUAGUUGUGUAUGGAAUUGAUAUAGGGCUGUGUUUGAGUAAAUUCACAUAAAAAUAAAAAUGAACUAUGUAUUAGAAAAAAAUUAAAAGGUUUCAUAGUGAUUACGAAAAUGAUGAAAAAAAUAUAAAAGAUAAAAGUAAAAAAAAUAAAUUACCUUCUCAUAUUCUAUUUAAAUUAAUACAUACAGUAAUACAGGUAGUAUAUUUAGCUUUCUCACCAUAUAUAUAUAUACCAUGCCUUGAAUGUUGUCAAGAGUGCUGACAUAAUUUUUUAAGCAUAUUGUAAAGCACAGUAUUAUGUAAAGGUUUUUAGGAAAGGUUAGAAAAUUUGGUAAAAUAUGUAGAUGCAACAUUGAAAAUUACUAGUGUUAAGAAUUUUAUUUUAGCUUAUUCUUAUUAGCGUGACUUUACUUAUCAUAUCUGGAAUUAAUAUAAUUUUUGUUGAAACUGAAGAGUAAUGUCGAGUGAAUGGAUAUGUUGACUAUACAGUAUCUUAAAUUCAAGUACAAUAUGCGCUUUUGUGUAAAUUCAAGUACCGUAUGCACUUUUGUGUAUUUUAAGUAUUUGAAAGAGUUUUUUUAAUGACGUGUAGCAAUUUUAUUUCUGUUAUGCCUGUAAGAUAAAAAUUUUCAACACAUUUUUGACUAAUUUUUUUAUGAUUUUUGAUAGCAGUGAUGAGCUGUCUAAUGUGAUCUGUUGCUUCUUCCUCCCCAUGUGUUGGUUUUGUGACUUUGCUAAUACAUGUGGAAAUCAAUAAACAAUUUCUCUUCAA